UCCAUUACCAAAAAUUAUUUUGUCGAUGUAGAAACAGAAAUGGAGAGGACUCCAAAACAUUUUCAGUAUUUUGAUAGACCACCAUUUGAAACAAGGAGAAGAACAAUUUUAGAAGAUAGACCACCAAAAUUCCAAUUUCCCAAGAGACUUCCCGAUCAAGAGGGAGUAAACAACCAGCAGUUGUUUGAGCAAUCACCACUACCGUUUCAAACGAACGAACCUAUCGAAAUAAAUCCAUUAUCACACCACCACGAUUUCACAAUGGAACAAAAACAUCCCGUGGGGCCGCCCGAUGGUCGUGGUGAUUUUGUCAAAAACAUGAAUGAUCCCAUAUCUAGCUCUAAAGGAUCGAAUCCUGUACACUUUUUAAGACAUAAACAAGACGAUAUCCCACAUGAUGUCAGACCCAUUCAUCCUGAAAGACAUGAUCGGCUACGUAAUCAUGAACAUCAUCAUAUUCCUGUAAACAGUCCAGACGUUGCAUUUGUUACCAGAAACGUCAAAACUGAUCAACACAGUGCCAAAAAUCCGGCCAUUCCCCUUCAAAUAUUCCACGAAGACUUUAAUAUUCCUCGACCUUUCUCACCUUUUAGUGAGAACAAACCAAAUUUUAAUAAAGAAUACCGAGAUCAAUUUGAUUCCGGUUUCCAUAGACAGUUUCCACUGAACACUAAAAAUAAGCACACGGUGGAAGAUGAAGAAAAUUCAGGAUUAAAUCAUCCUGUAAGGGUAUUGGACCAUACAGAAAACAAAGAGACUUCUCCUGUUUUAGACAAACCUUUGCAAAAUGAACGCAGUAAAUUCUUAACUAACUUCAAGUCAAGCUUUCAAAAUGAGGCCAACAGAAGAAGCGAUGAUGAUGGAACUAUUAUUGUCCAACGUCCACCAAUAUUUGAUGCAUGCAAUACUGAAAAAAAUGGUGAAUCGCCAAACAGCAAUAUACCACAAAGAAACUCCAAAACUUCUAUUGACAAAUCCAAUACAGAACAACAAAUGCAAUUUAAAUCGCCGAAUCGGGAAAAUAUACAAGGGUCUGUACAACACAAUUCAGAAACUAUUAAAACACCAUUCGAUGGAGGUGUACACAUUGGAGAAACCAGGUUGCCUACAAAUCAUGAACCUGAAAGGCCUGAUGACUUCUUGAAGGAAGUUGAUAAUUUAGAACCAUCAUCAAAAUCCAGAUUAACAUUUUCUCCGUCUAGUAAAAUUUCAACUGGUUUUACAGCGACUGCUGAAGAACUAAAAAAUUUCCAACAAAUGUCGAACGUUCAAUGUUUUCUAACAAAACCGAAUACACCAGCUGCACCGAUCUACCCUCCACCCAAUGUGGUUCCAUACUCUCCAUAUCCAUAUUCGCCGCUUGUUCCUAUAAGCAUACCAAGGAAUCCUGCCGGCAGUUACCUUCAACCCUUUCCAUAUCCAUCGUCUGAUCAUUAUCCAGCAAUUAGUCAACAGAUAACCAACGGAUUUAACGUUUAUUAUGGAAUGCAGAACGCCUUAGGGGUUCAUCCCAAUGCAGCUGAGAGUGGACAAUAUUAUACAUGUAAACCAAUCCCUCCACCAUCAACCAAUUUAGCCGAAAUGAGCGGAGUAGAAAUCAAAAGGGAUCACGAUAACAAUUCUCCUCAGCCCAAGGGAUGGUUAGUAAGAGAAAAUAACAAUAACAGGUCAAGGGCAAGCAUUGAAUGUCCAUUUGGUCAAUGGUCGUGUGAAGACGGGUCCAAGUGUAUCAAGGAGCAUCAAAUUUGUAACAACGAUGUGAAUUGCUGGGAUGCUAGUGAUGAAAUGGACUGUUCGUGUAAGGAACGGAUUUCAGCAGUCAGAAUUUGUGAUGGUUACUUCGAUUGUCCGAACGGUGAAGAUGAAAUUGGUUGUUUCGAAUGCGCUGCGAACGAAUUCAAUUGUAAUGAUUGGACGGAAGACGACAAAGUAUCAACAUGUAUAUCACUACAUCAAAGAUGUGAUGGAAUUGCACAAUGCCCAUCGGCAAAAGAUGAAGAAGGCUGCUCUAUAAUAACCGAAACAAUUAAUGAAGAUUCGCAAGUAAAAGUUUCGGUUUCAAGUGGAUAUCUCUUCAGGAACUAUAAAGGAAAAUGGUACUCCGCUUGCUCGAAUGCGGAAAAAUGGGCUUUGGAAGCUUGUAAAGUCAUAACAGGUCCGGAUAUUGUGGUCCCCAUAACAACCAUGGUCGCACCAACAGAACAUUACAGAGGAAAAUACGCGAAUGCUUUGUCAAAUGGAGUAGAGAUUGUCUCUUCAUGUUCGCCAGGUCGUAUGGCAUUCGUAACUUGUCCAAGUCUCGUUUGUGGAACUCGCAUACUAACACGAAAUCUCUUCCGUUUUAACGAAUUAGACACUAGCAUUGAAGACGACCUGCUGUCUCAACGUCCUCAACAAUUCUUCCAACAGAACACUACCACUGAUGAGAUGGUUGGAUCCAGUAGAGUUGUUGGUGGCAAAGCAAGUCAACCAGCGGCAUGGCCGUGGAUGGUAUCUGUAUAUCGAAAUGGGGUCUUCCAUUGCGGUGGUGUUUUGCUGACCGAUCAAUGGAUUGUAUCAGCAGCACACUGUGUAGAUUCGUUUACUCGUUUUUAUUAUCAAGUCCAGGCUGGGGUAUUGCGAAGGUUUUCAUUUACUCCGAUGGAACAAAUCAGAACCGUUUCCGCUAUUGUAUCCCAUCAACUUUACGACAAAGCAAGUUUAAAGAAUGAUUUAGCCCUAAUGAAAGUAUCCGACCCAUUUAAAUUCAAUCGGUACGUUAGACCAAUCUGCCUUCCAACUGAAAUUACUGCUGGUUCUAAUUACCUACGGGGACCAUCGCCUGGUACCAUCUGCACAGCUGUGGGUUGGGGAGCGACCGUUGAACAUGGCUCAGACCCUGAUCACAUGAGGGAAGUCGAAGUUCCCGUUUUGCCACGGUGCAAACACAAAGAAGACGAAGAGGGUCGUGAAAUAUGUGCUGGGCUCGCAGAAGGUGGUAAAGAUGCUUGUCAGGGAGACAGUGGUGGACCGUUUAUGUGCAGAAAUCCAAAUUUGAGACACCAAUGGUACUUGGCUGGUAUUGUAAGUCAUGGAGAAGGUUGCGCCAGACCAAACGAACCUGGUGUUUAUACCAGGGUCAGUUUAUAUUUAGACUGGAUAGCAGAAAAUAUAAAACACGAUCACGUUUUCAAGAAAAGACCUCUUCACAAAUGUCCUGGUUACGUAUGUAAAAAAUCAAGAAGAUGCAUCCCCCAUAAACGGGUAUGCGAUAGGACAGUAGACUGCAUCAAUGCAGACGACGAGUUCGAUUGUGAAACCAGUCGUUUUUCUGACAUAUUCAGACAUGCCAUGGAAAGUAACGAUCAUACCAAUGGCAAACUGAAGAAUUUCUCUGGCGACAAGUCGACCAAUUCAUCAUCAGGGCCCGAAAACUUUUCCGAAAACACUUCCACUUUGAAAACAACAAUUUUCGAGGAAAUUACCCAUGUUGAUGGCAUGGAAAACUGGCACAAUUCUUCGAAUAUUCCUAUCGUUCUUAAUCACGAUGCGAUAAAUGAAACGACCAAUGCAGAGAAAAGUUUUACGAACGAUUUUGAUUUUUCGAACAGCAGCGAAGUUCAAUUUGCAAACAUACCUCCGAUAUCGAAUUCCGAACAGUCUAGAAGUGCAACAGGAGAUUCGAAUAUUGCCGCUAUAACAGAGGAAAGCAAUUUCAGCGCUCGAAAGGAAUUUAGAAGGCCGGGAAGCAACGGGAAUAACGGAAAUAGAUUUUGGUGCAAAAGAAUUCUGCAGUUUGUAAGCUGGUCGCAAGUUUGUGACCGAAAAGCGGAUUGCGAAGAUGGCUCUGAUGAAGAAGGAUGCUCCUGUGGUACAUUCUUACAGACGAAACAACCGGAUGCUAUUUGCGAUGGAAUCUACGAUUGCAAAGAUUUAACUGACGAAAAACAUUGCUCUUUUUGUCUCGAAAACGAAUACUACUGUAAAAGAACUGAAAAGUGCAUCCCAUUGGUUCAAAGAUGCAAUAAUGUUGCAGAUUGUGCUGAUAAUGAAGAUGAAGAAGGAUGCUUUGCAUUAACCGAUGGGCAACAAGUUUGGGUAGACGCUGCUGAAAAUCCACGCCCAAAAAGUUCGGGGAUAAUUUCAUACAAUUAUAAAGAACUUUGGAAACCAAUGUGCUGGAAGUGGCAUGGGCACGAAGCAGACAUCGCGGCAAAGACAUGUCUCUAUUUGGGUUACAGUGACUACAUUCAUUUUUCGAAGGUGGUAACACCAAAGAAAAUACUCGAAAGAACUUUCAAUGACGAAGCUAUCAAUUAUUCAAAGUCAAUAUUGACAAGAGGGAAUAACACAUGCGAGGGAAUUUAUCUGCAAUGCACCGACGAAUUAACCAGUAAACCGUUUUUGAAGGAAUCAAGUUUAUCAACGGAGUUACUUGUUAAGAAAACCUUUCCAUGGGAUGCUCUCAUAUUUGUUGACGGGCAACUUACAUGUAUCGGGAUUCUAAUAGAUCACGAUUGGAUCGUCACAUCUUCUGAUUGCUUAGGAAAAAACUUUAGUUUGAGGAGGCACCAUUUGGUAGCACUUCUUGGAUUUGGACGGUAUUAUUAUCAUGUUCAAGGACCUUCGGAGGUGACAAGGACAAUCGACACCAUAAAAAAUUUGGAAAGUAUCAGUAUCACUUUGCUUCAUUUACAAGAACCGGUUGAUUCAUCUUUGAACGUAAGACCACUAUUUAUCCAGUCUAGGGUAAUACCAGAAAGCAAAGAACUAUGUAUUGCAUUUUCUUAUGAUAAAACAGGAAAACCUACAUAUUUACCAAUGAAAAGCGUCAUGAACUUUACAGCAGGCAAAAGACACUUCGAACCAUACACAACAUUUCAAGAAGAUUGUCAUCAGGGCUCUUCAAAUGGAUAUAUCGCUUGUGAAUCAUCUAAGGGAUGGUAUCCCUUAACAGUGAUUCCAUCUUCUACUGACAUAUGCAAUUUACAGAAUGUUCCAGUUUCCAAUACAUUAUCAGUGUUGGAAAACGAAAUAAAAAACAUGCUUGUCACAGAUAAAAAAGAAACAGACAGUGUCUUUGCACCAAGUUCAUGUCAAUACCGUUGUUCACUGGGAAAAUGUCUUAACACAAACCACAUUUGUAAUGGGGUCCCAGACUGUAAAAGAGGUGAAGACGAAGACCCAGAGUUGUGCUUUAAUCGGAAUGGGUCGUGCCACCUAUGGGGAAACUGCCAAUGUUACUAUGAUGAAUUAAGGUGUAAAAACAAAAAAUGCGUGCCAAAAAGUGCUUUCUGCAACGGCAUCAACGAUUGCGGAGACAUGUCGGAUGAACCGGAGAACUGUACAUGUAGGAAUUACUUGGAAUUGUCGCACCCAGAGAAAGUUUGCGAUGGAAUUCUAAACUGCCAGGACAAGACCGACGAAGAUGCUAGUUUAUGCCUUUGCAAGAACGACAGCUUUAUAUGCGGAAAUUACAAUUUUUGUAUUCCACAUGAAAUGGUUUGUGAUGGGAAAGAAGACUGUCCCGAUAGUGGGGAUGACGAAAAACACUGCAUAUUCUUAAAAUCGGAAAAUGAAAGUCCGCAUACUGGGGAAGUAAUGUGGCAGACAGCGGGUGUAAUACAUCCUGGAUGCUACCCCGAAAAGAUGACAACUAUGCAAUUAGAAGACGUUUGCAGCAAGUUAGGAUUUCAUGGAGAAAGCGGAAAGCGGAUAAUGUUUGGAAAUAAUACCGCACCUUAUCCUGUUUUUGAUUCGUUUCAUAUUGUGGAAAUAAAUAGGAAUUUUACGCUAAAAUAUAGGUAUGGGACUGAACCUUACGUGAAGUUAACUGAAAAAUCAGACUGUUAUCAAUUACAUAUAAGUUGUUCAAAUUUCGAAAAUUAA